AUGGAUCUUCUUGGAAAUUUCGACUACGACGCUUAUGAUAGUUAUAAUAUCUCUGUCUGGAACGAGACCUAUCACUUUUAUCCGGAUGCUUCCAACAAAUCUUGGAACUCCACGGGACAGGUAGAACUGUAUUACGUUCCAGUCGGACUCAUUGUCCUGCUAGCUUUCCUUUACGGAUCCAUUUCCCUCUUUGCCGUUAUUGGUAAUGGCAUUGUCAUCUACGUCAUCAUGGCUAACAAGAAGAUGCAAACAGUGACAAAUAUCUUCAUCGCCAAUCUUGCCCUGGCAGAUGUUAUUAUUGGUCUGUUUUCCAUUCCGUUUCAGUUCCAGGCGGCCCUUUUACAACGCUGGGUACUGCCUUAUUUCAUGUGCAAGCUUGCUCCGUUUGUAACGAACGUCAGUGUCAACGUCAGUGUAUUUACGUUAACUGUCAUCGCUAUAGAUCGAUACAUCGCCGUCAUCUACCCUCUGAAAGCCGGAUUUAAGAAACGAGUCGCUGCCGUCGUAUUGGCGGUAAUUUGGUUGGUUGGAAUAUCGUCCAGUUUACCGAUGGCUGUGCACUUCCGGGUCGGGUUGAACUUUACCCCAAAAGGAGACAAAAUACUAUUUUGUAAUCCAAAAUGGCCGUCAAAAAUUUUUGGGAGAUAUUAUUAUAUGUAUUUGCUGGUCGUUCAAUACCUGAUUCCACUAAUCAUCAUCAACUUCUCAUACUUUCGUAUCGCCUUCAAGAUCUGGGGGACGAAGGCGCCCGGGCAGGAUAUUGACAGAAGGGACAAUGUUAGAACAAGGAACAAAAAAAAGGUAGUCAAGAUGCUGAUUAUCGUUGUCUGUCUGUUUGUGCUGUGUUGGAUGCCGCUACAGGUGUAUCAGGUCCUGUCGGAGCUAUACGUGGAGGUGAACAAAUACAAGUAUAUCAACAUCAUAUGGUUUUGUUCCAACUGGUUAGCAAUGUCCAAUUCCUGUUACAAUCCUUUCAUCUACGGCCUUCUAAACGAGAAAUUCAAGCGGGAGUUCAGACUACUAUUUCGCGUGUGUGCUUGUCGACGUUCUGAAAAGGAAAGCGAGCUGGGAGAGUAUUCCGACGACAGCGCCAUCAAUCGGGGAAGUACCGUGAUGUUGAAUGGUAUAGAGUCAUCCGUGACAAGACUAGGAGACCUAGGGGAGGUGACUCUCACACUCGACCCUGAUGUACAACCUAAAGCAUUGUCGUGUAGGAAGUUUCGACUCCCCCUUCAGGAUCAGGUGAAAGCUGAACUAGACAGUCUGGUUGAGAGACAAUUUUUAGUACCUAUUACCAAACCAACUCCCUGGAGAAAACUAAAUGAGGCACUGGAGGGACUGAUAUAUACUGCUAUAGCUGAUGAUAUCAUUGUCACAGGGAAAGGAACAGAUGAUGAAACUGCUCUACAGGACAACGCACGAAAACUGGAAAUACUCUACCAACGUUGUAAUGAACGUAACAUUGUCCUGAACGAGGAGAAAAGGGCUACUGGUCUCAAGGAAAUACUGUUUCAUGGACAUGCCAUAACUACUGACGGUGUCAGGGCAGACCCUAAUAAGAUUGAGGCCAUUCUCAAAAUGGAAAUCCCCACCGAUGUAGCAGGAGUUCGACGAUUCUGUGGCAUGGUCCAAUAUAUGGCCAGAUUUUACCAUCACUCUCAUCUAUGUUGGAACCACUGCGCCAGCCCACGCACAAAGAUGUGA